AUGUCAAAGCCGCGGGGAAGAAAAGGUGGCAGGAAGCCUUCAUUUACUCCGCCUAAGGAUAAGAGAACUGCACAACUUAGAGCAUCCCAAAAUGCAUUUAGAAAGCGAAAGUUGGAAAGAUUAGAAGAACUAGAGAAGAAAGAAGCUCAACUAAAAGUAAGAAAUGAUCAAAUUCACGUAUUAAAGAAGGAAAAUGAACUUCUCAAUGUUAUGUUGGGGAGUCUUUUGACUGAGCGAAAUAUGUCUUCUAAUGAACGGAACAUUAGUAAGACCUGUUGUGAAAAAAAUCCGUCCCCAAAUAACAUUCUAGAUGGUAGUGUGAUUCUCUCUACCACAUAUAAUUCUCUUGAAAUACAGAAAUGUUACGUAUUUUUCAAGCAACUGCUCUCGAUUUGUGGUGGAAAGAGUUGUACAGUCCCUUCACCUUGGGAUUCCUCGGAUCGGUCCUUCUACCCCAUAGAUUGUUUGAAUCUCUCAGCUGAUGUACUAGACCAAUCUUUUCUAGAUGAUCCAAUAAGUGAGGUUCAUACUUUUGAUGACUUCAAUGGGAAACUUGAUAAUAUCUUCUCAAAGCCUAGUACAACUCAAAUAGGGAAGCCAAAUAACUUUUUCACUGAAGAGGUUGAUGCAAUGGAAACAGCAGCGGCGAGCACGGUGAUUACGCCAGGUUUCCAUUCAGGGCAGCGCUAUACAACGGAUAGUUUUGAAUCGGACGUUCUAUUAAGUGCGAUGGAUAUUUGGCAUUUUAUAAAAGUACAUUCAAGGGUUAACACGUUUGAUCUUGAAAAUUUGGGUACAGAACUUAAGAAAACCGCUAUCUGUUCUAAUUUUGAUAUUUUAAUUAGCCUCAAGCAUUUCGUUAGGGUUUUUUCGUCCAAAUUAUAG